UCCCGUUUCAGCGUGCUCCGGCGCUGCCACUCGGCUUCAGGAAUUUAUUAGCGCUUUAAGCCGCAAGAAUUAACCGAUUUGCUUCAAAAACAAACAAACAUACAGCUUAAGUCAGUAGGAAAUAUUUAAGGGAACAAAAACAACUUUCCAUGGCGCGGAAGCAGGAGAAGAGAGGCAGAGAUUUCGCGGUAACGAACGACGAAAGAAGUCAGAUGUAAUUAAUAACUAAGUUGGCGUAAACAUUAACGCGCAGGAGUAAGUAAACAUUAGCUUUAGAGAACUAUGUGAGCGUGGACGGAGAACAGCUUGAAAAGAUUUUCUUCUGUCACUUUGAAGACAAAGGUGCAAGAAUGGUGAAGCAAGGUGCUCCACGUCGCGCCUUGUCUCGCUCCUUCAAACACUCCUCUCGAAUAGAACUCUCGUCACCUUUAACUCCCUGGACCUCUCCGUCACCUCCGACCCUGGAUCACGACCCGUCUUCUGUUCUGGAGUGGAAUCCAGACAGCUUUCCCGACCAGGUCUACCUUGACGCUGCCACCAUUUUCCGAGACACACACAAGGACAAGGUUACCGCUCAUCGGGUCAUCAGCUAUGGGAAGAGGUCGAAGGUAACAGUUUUGAAGGCCAAGGAUGAGGUGUGGCAGCGCAGGGCCUACGAGCUGGCCUUUAACACGCUCAAAUAUCAAGAGCUGUUGGAGGACAUCCUGAUCGACAGCAGCUUCUAUCUGGCUAAGACAGUGCCGGACGAUCUGAUGAGUUUGGUUGUCGUCAUGUUGUACGACUUACAGGACCGUAAGUUCCUCCCACAUAAACGACCGGCCAAUCAGGAAAUGCAGGAGGAGGUGGCAAAGGUCAGGGAAGUGGAAAACUGUCUUCUCAGGUUUAAGACGAAGCUGGCGGCCUCUUUAGCACGAUGCAGAAUCAAACAUGACCUGCUGAGUAUCGACUGCAUGCUGCCAGAGAGCAUCAGGCGGAGGCAGGAGAGAGGGUCCAAUCUGCCCAUCUAUGCCUGGAUUAAUACACUGCGCACUAGUACGCAGGAAGUGUGUGAGGUGUUGAAGAGUGCAGGUUUCUCCCACGUGAAAUCCAUCACGCAGCUGGAAGGAAAGACGUUCUGCGAGGACAUCCAGUGCCUCGACCUGCUGGUGUUUCCUACGUGUGCGAAAAGAGAACUACACAAAACGAACCUGCUGAAAGAUUGCAGGCUGGUCAUUCAGGAUAAGUCCUGCUGCAUUUCUCCGUGGGCAUUGCGCCCCUUGUUGGUUCCAGACGGUGACGUAGUUAUGGCCGGAGCGUUCUCCGCAGCCACCGUGGCUCAUACAGCGGCCAUCGUCAUUUCUGCACACACUCACAUGCACACGACUCAUCACUCCAGCAAACAUGCUCGCAGCAGCAUGCAGGUGUUUGUGUGUGUGGGAGACUGCACAAGUGUUCAGAGAGAUGAACUGCAGGGGGUCCUCAGUAGCAUGGGCUGCAGCAACGUAAGGCUACUGCCUGAGUCUCUUCACACUCUGGAUGUGUGUGACACGCGUCUGCAGAAGGUUCAGCUCAUCCUGCUGACUCCGCAGUGUUCUCUCUCUGCAGUCUCAAACCCUGUAGACUACCUUCUGCAGGAGAACGGAGACAAAGAGCUGCUGCAGGAUCUGUCCCAAGGCUCUGUCUCGCAGUCCAGACUGCAAACGCUCAUUUCCGAACAGAAGCGAGACCUUGCCCAUGCCCUCCGCUUUCCCAGGGUGCGAGUGGUGGUGUACUCCACCUGCUCUUCACUACCAGAAGAGAACGAGGACGUGGUGAAGAGCGUUCUGACGCCCACAGAGCCGAGCAGAGACGACACCAAACUACAGCCUUUCACGCUUAGCCGCCCAUCUCUCCUGUCUUCUGAUAAAGACAACAGCAGUGGGGAAAAGAAGGCUGACUUUUUCAGGCUCGAAGCUUCUGAUCAGAGUAACGGCUGCUUCAUAGCGGUACUCACACGCCAGGCAGAAGUGACUGAGACGCCACAGGAAGUCAUAGCUCGUGCCACCGCUAGUGGCUUGCUGGACAGGAUCCAGUCAACACAACCGAUCAAGAAGGAGGGUCGUGGCCGACAGACACGCAAAGCUCAUCAAUCUCGCCGCCGACCCCACGUCUCCGUUAACAGCCAGUCGCAGGUGGCUGAGUUUCUGAACCGUGAGGCAAAACUGAAUAUCUCAGCUCCAGCAGCGGCACUGGAGAGGACAAACAACACAUUCUCGCCUUGGGUCUCAGGAAAAUCCAAACCAACUCCUCCAAAUUCGUGCAAGCCCGCCUCCUCCAGCACAACCUCCACCUUCUCCAACCCAAGCCACACCUCCCUAAUUACAGGAGCCACCUCCUCCUCAUCCUCCUCCACUGGCCUUAUCUCUUACACAGGCCCUGACUCCUUUCUUACAGGUGCAUCUUCCUCUACUCUGUCCAGCACUACCAACACCUUCACCGCCACAGAUGCCACCUUAUUCAACACAAGCUCUGCCUCUUCCAUCAAUGGACUUUCUGUCACAUCCUUUACCAAGGGCCCUGCACCUUCCUAUAGGACCAUGAAUCGAACCAAUGGCCGCCGAACUGCUGCUCCUGUAGUUCCACCCCCUGUCCCACCCAGAGGAAGACAGGAAGUCCUACGUCCUGUGCUGAUUUCUUUUCCUCCUCCUCAGUUUCCAUCCCUGUGUCCAGCAUCUGCUUCGGUUAAGAUCAAACCCCCUCAAAACUGGAGGAACUGGACACGCCCUGCCCUGCUGACACACACACGAUUCAGGAGCAGCCUGCAUCCGUGGUUCUGACACACACACACACACACACACACAGUAAUAGUGCCAAAAUUACAGUUUUGUCUCUUUUUUUGUGUUUCCGCUCAAUGAUGAACAAUUUUUGUAUAAUAAUUAUUAAUACCUGUUUUAUUCUCUAGGUUAAACCUGUGUAUAGAUCAGAAUUAAACUUUUAACACAGCUGCAUGUUUUUUUGAAAUGCCUUUAUUAGCACAGGGACAUUAUGGACAUUAAUACGGUGAGUCAGGGACACAGGUGAGUUACACUAUACUUACUGUAUUUUCCAGACUGUAGAACACUUUCUUUUUUUUGUUUCUCAUACCCGCCGACAAAGUGAGAGUCAAGCAUUCGUCGCCUGUGUACGCUCGCCGCACCGAGCCUCGGUUGCAGAGAGUUUCGUUUAGAAAACAUUUCCACAUUACGCAAGUUGCUUGCGACACGUUAAACAAUUAGUGCUGGUAAAAUCUCUGGAACAGUCCGCACUUCAGGGUUUGUAGUUCUCGUUAUCGCACAGUGGUGCCGUAAUGGAGGAACCUAACUGUACUUUCAUCUUGUC